UUAAUGGUGCCGUGCUUCAACAUACAGCAUUUGAACUUAAAAGAAACAUCCACGAGAUAAAUAUAACAAAUAAAUAUAGUUGAAGAAGAAGAAAACAAAGAAUCAGGAAUGAUUGAGCGUCGAAACAAAAUCGUGCUUUCUAUACUGAUCUCCUGUCUUAUAGGUCAUACAAUUUCUGCUGCAAACGACACUAUAAACAAAUCUGAAAGCAUCAGAGAUGGAGAAACACUGGUAUCAUCAGGUGGCAUGUUCGCCCUCGGAUUCUUCAGUCUCGCCAACUCCACAAAUCGAUACGUCGGCAUAUGGUACAACCACAUUAAACCCAACACAUACGUCUGGCUCGCCCACAGAGAAGCUCCGCUCACCACAAAAUCCGGCGCCUUAACACUCACCGACUCGGGAUUUUUGCUGCUUCUCGACGAGACAAACGCCACCGUAUGGUCGUCAUCCACUACAGCAACAACGCCGCAGAAUCCAGCCGUACAAUUAUUAGACUCCGGGAAUCUGGUGGUGAAGGAUGCGGAGAAUCUCCUCUGGCAAAGCUUCGAUCAUCCCACCGACACCUAUCUACCCGGGAUGAUGAGCCUAGGCUGGAAUCUCGACACGCGGGUCGAGACCUACCUGUCGUCGUGGAAGAGCCACGACGACCCAAGUCCAGGUGACUUUACAGCUCACCUGGACCCAACCGGCUAUCCGCAGAUAAUCGUCAGGAGGGGCAAAACCGUCAAGUUCCGGCUCGGGCCGUGGAACGGGGUCCGGUUCAGCGGCUCGCCCGGGACGAGGAACAAUCCGACGCUGAACAUGAACAAGAACGAGGUCAAGUACGGCGAGGACAACGUCGACGGAUCGGUCAUAGCUCGUCUCACGCUGAGCCUCGAGGGCGUCGGAGUGCGGUGGAUAUGGAACGACCAGAGCAAGUCUUGGAUGACCUACAAUCUCGAAGCGGACGCCUGCGACAACUACAACGCGUGCGGCGCCUACGGCGUCUGCAGCGUCGGAGACUCUCCGAUCUGCAGGUGUAUGGAUAGAUUCGUGCAUAGAGAUGAAGGGAAUUUGUCCCUAGGGUGCGUGGCGAGGACUGCCUUGGCGUGUGAGGGAGAUGUGUUCUUCAAGUACUCCGGGAUGAAGCUGCCGGACGCGCGGAACACGACGUUCGAUGACCGGAAAAUGCUGCCGGCGGAUUGCGAGGCGGAGUGCUUGAAGAAUUGUUCGUGCACGGCGUACAAGCAGUUGGAUAUUAGGGAGGAGACGAGUGGGUGUCUGUUUUACUAUGGGGAGUUGUUUGAUGCUAGGACUAUGGCUGUAGGUGGGGAUGAACUUUACAUCAGAAUUGCUUCUGCUGAUUUAGAAAAAGAUGCAGAGUCUAAAAGGAGGAAAAGAGUGAAACUCGUAGCGAGUCUUGCAUCAAUGGCCGCGACAGUUCUUAUCUUCCUUGUCCUGAUUUUGAUCUGUGUUUGGAAGAGGAAGAAAGAUUCAAAUCCUUAUAAAGAAGGGCAAUAUAGUGGAAGUCUAGGCCAAGAGGCAGAUCUGCCAUUCUUCAGCUUACCAUUAAUCUUGAAAGCUACAGACAACUUUUCAAUAGAUAACAAGCUUGGUGAGGGUGGAUUUGGACCUGUUUACAAGGGAGUUCUUGAAAACGGGCAGGAAAUCGCGGUUAAGCGCUUGUCAAAAACCUCCAAACAAGGAGUGGAUGAAUUGAAGAAUGAGGUGAUCUUGAUAGCCAAACUUCAACAUCGGAAUUUGGUGAGGACGUUAGGAUGUUGUGCUGAUGGAGAAGAGAGCAUGUUGAUCUAUGAAUACAUGCCUAACAAGAGUCUUGAUUUUAUCUUAUUUGAUGAAACAAAAAGUAUGUUACUUGAUUGGAAAAAACGAUUCAACAUCAUCACUGGAAUUGCCAAGGGACUACUAUAUCUGCAUCAAGACUCGAGGUUGAGAAUCAUCCAUCGCGACCUCAAAGCCAGCAACAUACUGCUGGAUGCCGAGAUGAACCCAAAGAUAUCCGACUUCGGCCUAGCCAGGAGUUUCGGAGGGAACGAGACUCAGGCUCAGACGAGUAGAGUUGUGGGAACAUACGGAUACAUGUCUCCGGAAUAUGCAAUAGACGGUAUGUUCUCAAUCAAAUCAGACGUGUUCAGCUUUGGUGUUCUUGUGCUGGAAAUUGUGAGCGGAAAGAGAAACAGAGGAUUCUGCCACGACGACCACAACGAAAACAGCCUAAACCUUCUGGGAUAUGCGUGGACACUAUCCAAGGAAGGAAAGUCAUGCGAGCUAGUGGAUCCAUGUGUAGGCGAGUCGUUCAACUUGUCGGAAGUGCUGCGCUCAAUCCAAGUGGGACUGCUGUGCGUGCAGAGAUGCCAAGAAGAUAGGCCGACCAUGUCCACGGUGGUUUUCAUGCUGGGAAACCAGGUUGAACUGCCUGAGGCCAAACAACCCGGUUUCUUCGCGGGGAGAGAUGUAGGCGGCGGCCGCAGUUACAGUAGCUCAAACGCCACCAAUUCAGAGAAUCAGCUUACCAUUACCUGGAGUCAGGGUCAGGGAAGAUAGAAUGGGAAAUAACCAACUGCUCAUUAUAGAAUGUGUCAACACAAACUCCAUCUUUUUGUUUUGUUUUUACUAUGUGCAUAGUAAACAACCAUUAAAACAAGAUUGUAACUGGAAUGAAACAUCAAGCUUGUAGAUAUGUAAAAUAUUUCUCAAAUUGUGUAUGUUAUAAUAUAAUGGAUCUGUCCGAGGCUAUAUAUUCAUGUAAUGGUAAGCCAUCACUAUAUACACAUUUUUUUCAGGAACAA